CUACUCUCCAAACUCUAACCCUAAGCCAACCCUUUUUCCCCUAAUUUACGCACACACUCAGCCCUCACCAUAUACACAGACAGAAAGAAAAGGAAAGGAAAGAGAAAGGGUGGAGCUCGAAGAGAGGGGGGAGAAGGACAAGGAAGGAGAGGGGGAAAAGGAGAGACGGCGCCGGUGGGUGUCACCGCCACCAUCGCCGCCGUCGUAUCGCCGUCGGGAGAGUCAUAACGCGAGGAGAGAGAGAAAGAGCGCUGCAGCCACUGGAGAGGAGCCCUCCAGCCCUCGUCACUAUCAGCUCCAUCGCCGUCAUCACCAUUGGAUCUGCGUGAAACCGUCGUCCUCAUCAUCACAGUCGAUGCUUCUCCUCGUCGUUUGUGGGUUGUCACCUCUCCUGCUUCUGCUGUCGCGCCAUCGUCUGCCCUUCUGGACUUUGCUGCUUUUGAAUCACGCCCUGUCACGGGUUCUCUGCCUUCUUGUUGUGGCCCAACCUCUAAUUAGGAUCGCUGUUGGUUGUAGCAGAUUAGAGCGCCUCAGCUUGAAGUGGUGCUUUGAGAUUUCUGAUCUUGGCGUUGACCUUCUUUGCAAGAAGUGCUUCUAUUUGAAAGAUAGUUAGUUAGUUAUGGAAAGGUGUUUGGCCAUGACAUUAUUGGUAGUACUUAUUUGAGAGCCAUUAAUUGGAUAUGCUGAUUAGAUGAUCCAUUUUGGUUUUGACUUUUCAGUUUUCACACUUAGUCCUUUGUCUUUGUUGAAAACAGUUAUCUCAGUUCCACAUUACAGUACCAUGUGCAGAUUAGUGAAUGAAAGGGACAGAGAGAUUGAGAAACAAAGCUGGACACUGUGUAGAGAAAACAUACAUAGUUGUCUUUGGAAUAGGACUAUUAGCUUAGCUAUUUUUUUCCUAGAUUUUGUACAAAAUGAUCGGUUUCCAACAUUGGAAGCUGGGAAGAGUUACUAUGGAAGGUUGCUGAAUUACAAGAAGGAUGGGAUGCCCUUCUGGAACCUACUUACAAUUUCACCCAUCAAGGACGAAGACGGCAAAGUCAUCAAAUUCAUCGGCAGGAAGACAUGAUGUGAAGAAAAUAUGUUCCAUACAAAUAUGACAUGGAAUGGGUCUUACACUUUAGUUAUCUAAAUGUAAUUUUUUGAUGUGUUCUGUACUUUUUGAAAAGAGACUUUACUCGGUAUUACAUGUAAUUGGAUAUAUUACACUCUAUUUUGAUUUCUGUUGUUUAGACUAAAAUUAAACAUAUCUAGUUUAUAAUGAAACUUUUAUGAUUUACA